CCAUGCCGAGCGCGCGCGGCGCCUCGCGCCUGCUCCUCGCGGGAGUCUCGCGGCGGCACCGGGUCUCCGCGCCCAGCCGUGACCUCCCCGAGCGCCUGCGGCUGUUCCAGCGGCUGCGGGACGAGCAGGACGAUGGCGGCGGCGGGGCCGAGCGGCUCCCCCCGGGGACCCCCAUCCGCGUCACCCUGCCCGGGGGGCGGCAGCUGCCCGGGCGCGCCCUGCAGACCACCCCUUUCCAGGUGGCCGCGCACUUGGGGGGGGGUCUCCCCGAGGCAGCGCUGGUUGCCCGGGUGAACGGGACCCUGCAGGACCUCGACCGACCCCUCGAGGCCGACACUGAGCUGGAGCUGCUGGACUUCUCGUCCGCGGAGGGCCGGGCGGCCUUCUGGCAGUCGGGUGCCUGUGUCCUGGCCGCCGUGGCCGAGCAGUUCUUCGGGGCCACUGUCUGCAGCGCCCUGGCCACCGAGGACGGGUUCUACUGCGACGUCCACAUGGGAGAGAGGACGGUGCAGCGGGGGGAGCUGCCGGCGCUGCAGGACGCCUGCCUGGCCUUCGCCCGCGCCCAGCACCGCUUCCAGCGCCUCCAGGCCAGUCGCCAGCAGCUGCUGCAGCUCUUCAAGGACAACAGCUUCCAGCUGCAGCAGAUCGAGGAGGAGGUGACAUCCCCCACGGCCACUGUCUAUAGGUGUGGACCCCUCCUGCAGCUCUGCCCCGGGCCCCUGCUGCGGCACACGGGGCUGCUCGUCGCCCUGCGCGUCCUCACGAGCUCAGCUGCCUUCUGGAGGGGCCCGGGGGGGCCGUCCCUGCAGCGCCUGGCCGCCGUCGCCUUCCCCAGCGAGCAGGAUUUGGCCUCGUGGCAGCGGGCGCAGGACGAGGCCGCCCAGCGUGACCAUCGCCGCAUCGGCAGGGAGCAGGAGCUUUUCUUCUUCCACAAGCUGAGCCCCGGCAGCUGCUUCUUCCUGCCCCGCGGCGCCCACAUCUACAACACCCUCGUGAGCUUCAUCAGGAGUGAGUACCAGGCCAGGGGCUUCUGGGAGGUGGUGACCCCCAACCUGUUCAGCCCACGCCUCUGGGAGCUCUCGGGGCACUGGCAGCACUACAGCAGCCACAUGUUCUCCUGCACCAGCGACACCGAGACCCUGUCCCUCAAACCCAUGAACUGCCCGGCCCACUGCCUGAUGUUCUCGCACCGGCCGCGCUCGUGGCGGGAGCUGCCGCUGCGCCUGGCGGAUUUCGGGGUGCUGCACCGCAACGAGCCGCCCGGCAGCCUGACGGGACUGACGCGCGUGCGGCGCUUCCAGCAGGACGACGCUCACAUCUUCUGCACCCCGGAGCAGCUGGAGAGCGAGAUCCGCUCCUGCCUGGGCUUUGUGCAGAAGGUUUACGCUGUGCUGGGCUUCUCCUUCCGCCUGGCGCUGGCCACACGGCCCCCCGGCUUCCUGGGGGACCCCCACAGCUGGGACCGUGCUGAGCAGCAGCUGGAGCGCAGCCUCCGCGCCUUCGGCCAGCCCUGGCAGCUCAACCCGGGCGACGGCGCCUUCUACGGCCCCAAAAUUGACAUCCACAUCCAGGACGCUUUGGGUCGCCACCAUCAGUGUGGCACCAUCCAGUUGGAUUUCCAGAUGCCCGAGAGGUUUGGGUUGGAGUACAACAGUGCCUCAGGGGGGACAGAGCGACCUGUGCUGAUCCAUCGGGCUGUGCUGGGCUCGGUGGAGCGGAUGGUGGCUGUGCUGGCUGAGAGCUGUGGGGGACGAUGGCCCCUCUGGUUGUCCCCACUGCAGGUCAUGGUGAUCCCACAGAGCCCUGAGGUCGAGGAUUACGCCAGGGAGGUUCAGGCUGUGCUGAGGGGAGGGGGCUUGAUGGUUGAUCUGGAUGGAGACCCCGGGGCCACUUUGGCCAGGAAGAUCCGACGAGCUCAGCUUGCUCACUACAACUUCCAGCUGGUGGUGGGGCCCCGGGAGCGGGCCCGUGGCAGCGCCAGCGUGCGGAGCCGGGACAACGCGCAGCGCGGCGAGUGGGACGUGGGGCGGCUGCUGCGGCGGCUGCAGGAGCUGAGGGACCGGCGCGUCCCCGACGCUGAGCAGCGCCUCUGAGCCCCCACACGGCCCCCAAACCCCCCUCCCCUAAACAUCCCCCCACAUCGCAUUAAAGAAGCUGCUGGGAGCUGAGACUGGUGUGACUCGGGGCUGGGGCUGGGGGCUGCCCUGAGCGCUUCAGCCCCCACACAGAGCUUUGGGUGCCCCCCCUCCCUCAUCUUUGGGUGCCCCCCCCUGUGGUUUGGGUGCCCCCCCCUGUGGUUUGGGUGCCCCCCCUCCCUUCCCCAGGGUUUUUCCCACCCGGUUUUCCCCCCUCUUACGCAAACCUGAGUCACUCUGUGGGCUGUUGGGCAAUCAAAGUGGGG